AUGUGUUUUCUUGGUCUUCCACAUUCAGAGCUUUCUAGUCUACACCGACUCAAGCAUGUCGAUCUCAGCUUCAGUUAUUUUCAAGGCCAGAUUUCAAAGCAUAUAUCCUCCCUUCACAACUUGACUUAUCUCGACUUGUCUUGUGCUGGUGCUGAUCUGGAUGGUAGUAUUCUGUGGCGUCUGGGAAAUCUUUCCCAACUGCAAGUUAUAGAUCUUGCUACAAAGAUUUACCUCGAGGACGAGAUUUCAUAUAGCUGGUAUGAUUGUGGACCUGUCUAUAGUCCCAGUUUGAAGUGGACAGAGAAUGUACGAGGGUUAAAGCAUUUGUCACUACAAGGGGUCGAACUGAACAUGGCGGGGAAGCAAUUAGAAGCGCCACUUUCUAGGCUCCAUAAUCUCCACCACCUCAACCUCAAAGACUGUGCUCUGUCGGGGCACAUCCCCAAUGCUUUACGAAACCUCACCUCGCUCUCCCAUCUCCAUCUUGGCUGGAACGAGUUUACUUCCAGGUUGCCCACAUGGCUGGAAAAUAUGACUGGUUUAGUAUCCAUUCACUUUGACCGCUGUGACCUGACGGGGCCAUUUCCUUCGAGUCUUUCCCGGGGUCUCAUUCCUGCAUUCCUUUCAACACAAUUUAGGCCGCAAAUUUUGGAUCUCAGCAACAAGAGUCUUUUUGGAAACAUUCCAGCUUGGCUUGGGGACCUUCCAAAUUUGGGACUUAUUUACCUGUUGCAUAAUAACUUGCAAGGUGAACUCCCUUCCAGCGUUAAUAUAAGUCACUAUGACCGGAUAAAUUUGGGUCAUAAUAUGUUGACUGGUUCUGUUCCGAUUCCUUCUGUGCCUGCAUCAGAUUUGGAAUUGUUGGACUUGUCUCAGAAUAGAUUCACCGGUUUUAUCCCAGUGGAGAUUGGUUCGCUUCUUCCUAACAUUGAGUUCUUGUUAUUCUCUGAAAAUGAUUUAAGAGGUGAUAUUCCUACUUCCAUCAGUCUUCUGCAAAAGCUACGGGAUUUGGAUCUAUCAGGUAACAACUUUGAAGGUAAAAUACCAUCAAGCCUCACCAACUGCACAGCUUUGAAAAGACUAAAUCUGGCAAACAAUAAAUUAAGUGGGGAGAUUCCAUCUAAGAUAGGAAGGCUACGCCAACUCGAAAAGCUUCAUCUCAGUGACAACAUGCUACAGGGAAACUUGCCAUCUGAUGUCCAAAGCUGUAGGAAAUUGCAGAUUUUAGAUAUGGCCAAUAAUUUCUUGUCUGGGAAUAUACCUCUUUGGUUAGGUCAGCUUUCUGAUUUGAUGAUACUUGUUUUAAGGUCAAACAAAUUCCAUGGGUGGAUACCACAUGCAUUAGGCAAUCUUUCAACUCUCCAUGUCUUAGAUAUCUUCCACAAUAAUUUGACUGGUGCUAUCCCACCAGAACUGGGGAAGUUGACAGGUAUGAUGGAUGGAGAAGCGGGAGGAUCAGAAAUCUUAAAUGGUCAGUCCUCUUAUGGUCGUUCAUAUUAUUAUAAGGAAGAGAUCAAUGUGACUAAUAAAAGAUUGAAUCUAACCUAUGGGGAUUUUGUUCUAUUGCUUAUAACAGUCAUUGAUCUCUCUUCAAAUCAGCUUUCAGGUGACAUUCCUUCAGAAAUUGGCAACCUUAAGCAUUUACAUGUCCUGAAUUUGUCAGGUAAUAGUCUUACAGGAGAGAUUCCAGUAAGUUUUGGCUUGUUAGAGCAGUUAGAAUCAUUGGAUCUUUCAAAUAAUAAAUUGCGUGGAAGAAUCCCAGGUCAGAUGGUACAACUUUCCUUUAUGAGUUUCUUCAUUGUGUCCAACAACAUGCUCUGUGGAAGAAUCCCAUCAGGGCGUCAAUUUUCUACAUUCAAUUCCACUUACUUUUCAGGGAACCCCGGUCUGUGUGGGUUUCCAGUUGACAAGAGAUCAUGUAGUUGUGAGUACAACUCAUCUGCAGGUAUGCCACCGGUUUCCGAAGAUGAAGAGGAGGAAGAGGAAGAAGAAAUCCCAUGGUAUUGGUAUGUAAGUUGGAUGGCAAGCUUUGCUGUUGGAUUCUGGGGAGUGUUUGGAGUCCUUUGCCUAAAAAAGAAAUGGCGUGUAAUAUACAUUAGAAUCCUAGAUGGGUAUGCCGUAGGUCUUCUGAAUAUAUUGUCACUCAGAAAAUAA